CGAGAAUAGAAAACUUUUUAGCGGGUAGGUACUUAGCAUUCGUCAACGUAAGUCGCUAGGCAGCUUGCCGAGUAGAUGCAGAUCAUCAGAAAAGAAACUUAGUAGCUACCUCAGCCUCUUGUAUCUUGUACUUCUAGGAUCAGUACCUAGACUCACUUCCAGCUACCUCUACUUGUUGUGCUAACUUCUAACUAGGAUCAUCUUUCUUCAGGAUCGCUCAGAAGUGUUGACUGGCGACUUUCUAGAACAUGUCCGAAGACGAGGACCCGUCGUCAUGGCUUGUCUCGUAUGGUGCGACGGCAGAGGUAAUUGCCGACAAUCUGUCGGAUUUGCAUCAGCUAGCGGGCAAACUAGACUUAAGGCUCCCCUACUAUCAUUUUUCCUACUAUUAUUUUUCUGUGCUGGAAGGGAUAACCGGUGAGAGUUUGAGAAGCUUUUCUUGGGCUUUCCCUAAUCCAUAUGCAUAGCGUAGAACUUGAACUCCACUGCAGAUCACGUAGCGGAGAUUGUGCUUCAAAGAACCCAACUCCAAAGGGUUGGAGCACCAUAAUCGUGAGGUGCUGGAUUACGAUGGGCUUAAGAUGCGUGCUCUAAUCCAUGAGGCGGAAGGUGUCUGCUUCCGAGAUGCUUUCUGCAUGCCACCAUUGGAGGCCAUAACACUUGGAAACCACGAAACGCCAGGGGUGAUUAAGAAUAGGGAUCUUUUUUACAUUGGGAAUGAAUGACCAAGAAUUGAUUUAUAUAUAGAGAUAUUUGAAACACGCGCCAGGGAUGAUAAAGAAUUAAUUGCAUAGAAAUAUCUUUGUGUACAUUCGAGAGUGAGUCAAUCAUUGAGGCUCGAAGUUAACUCGUAGGUUUCCUGGCUGCAUUUUUAAGGACCGGGAUCGAUGCAUGUGCGACUCUGAGGAGAGAGAGAGAGGAAUGGAAGGUAGAAACGGUAGACAAAUAAAGAGUUCAUGCUCCGCUUGAAAAGCGUCUAAUGUGAUCAAGAAUCAGCGGAGAAGUUGCCCCGAAGAAGCUGGCCAUGAAGAGGAAAGUUAAGAAGACAAAGUAUUGAUCAUGCGAGAAGUCGAUUUUUGAUUCUCUUGAUAAAUAGAAGGUGCUUUUGUGCUAAUGUAGUAGGAUUUUACAACUUGAAGGAAAGUUCUUCAUGCAGUGAGUUUUUUGGAUCAUUGACUCUCUUGAGUAUUAGAAGGUGCUUUUGAUGUGUUAAUGUACGCAGUACGUAGGAUUUCGAUUUUAUUUGAAGGGAAGUUCUUUUCUUUGACUUUGACAUCUUGAUCUCAGUUAAGUUCUAGAUAGCUUUUUUUCCAGUAGUGGUAAUUUUGUCUUGAUCUCAGUUUGUUAGGUUCUACCUAGGUAGCUGUUUUUCCAGUAGUUGUAAUUUUGUCUUGAUCUCAGUUGAGUUCUAGGUAGCUGUUUUUCCAGUAGUCCAUAAAUUCAAAAAAUAAAUUUUGACAGCAACUACAAGUGGUACACGUUAUUUCCCUUUAAUAACAACGAGCGUCUUGCGCUGCUGAUGGGGAAGAGCAAUCACGGAGUAACCACAAAAACGAGGCAGUUUUUAAGACCUUUUUUUUGUCUUAAAGCUAUCAUCUGCUGUAAACGCACGUUGUAGGCUUGCGAUCGAGCAUCUUUCAAAAAAAUUUUUAUCGCAACGGAGACAAGGAGAGAGAAGGCCACUUCUCUGUUACUCAAUUUGUUGAGGUAGGAUACCGAUACCCUUUGUGCCUCACCAAGUGUAUUCGAAAGUCUAAGAUGGUUUCAGUUCAUCCACGUCCUCUACCUGUCUAUGAUAUAUGUAGCUAGUUGGGCUUACAAGUCUAAGUUCUAUCUGGUCGGGCAUUCCUUGGGCUUGCAGCCACGUGAAACGUCAACUCUGGUACAAGCGGAGCUGAAAAAGUGGGCAAAUGUAGGAGUCAAUGGACACUUUUCAGGGGAAUUCCCUUGGAUGCCUAUAGAUGAAUUCGCCAAUCCACUUGCUGCCACAGUGGUAGGAGCAAAGGCUGAAGAGGUAGUACCAUUCAUUCGUGAGGAUCAUCUAGAAGUGGUAGGAGCAAAGACUGAGGAGGUGCUAUUAUUUGAUUAGAGGACUUAGAAUAAAAGUGGUAAGAGCAAAGAAGACUGAGGAGGUAGUAUAUUUGUGAUUAGAGGACCAUCUAUAUCUAGAAUAAAAGACUGGUAUUAGGAGCAAAGAGAGGACUGGCGUUGGAAGUACUGAUAAACCACACAAUUAGACCACCUGCUACAAAUAGAUUAGAAAAAUGAAGAUGGUACAAGGACGAAUAAAGACUGAGGAGGUUGUACUUCUACGGUUACUAAGAUUAGGAUCGGUCUUCUUCUUGUUCUUGUUUUUCAACACGGGUAGGACCUUGGCAUUUCUCAUGCUCUUCAAAUAAUCUUUACCUUCAGGUGUGCAUGAUGAACACUUUGUCAGUGAACCUGCACUUAAUUUAAGGCCCUUUAAGUUUAAGACGGAGCAGUCAAUUCUAGUUCACUGCUAGGAAGUUCUUCUUCGGAACAAUCGACUCUAGUUAACUGCUGAGAAGAUGGGAGGUAGAAGAUGAUGAUCCUAAUCCUAGGAACAGGAAGUGCAACUGAGACUGAAGACUGUUAUAGAAAUAAGAGAAGAGGAACAACACUUCUACUUAGGAAGAAUUGUAUACUUAGGAACCUCCACCCCGCUAAUCGAGGUUCACCACGUUCUACCGACCACAAGCUGCAGGACGUUACAAAAUCGUCUACGAGGAACAAGCGUUUCCUUCCGACUACUUUGCCUUCGAAUCGCAAGCCCGACUCCACGACCUGGAUCCGUCGAAAGCAUUACUGGCACUUCUUAAGGCGAGAGCGACGAUUGACGAGGUAUUAGAAUUAGAUGUAGUCGAACUAGAAGUAGGACAUGUAGUUUUUAGUUGGAGAGAUGAGACUCUCGCGAGGACGUUUAAUAGAAACACUGGCAAAAUCUAUGUACUUACUAGAACGAGAAGGGCAUGGUCUAGAGCGAUAUAGAAUCUGCUUCCAUGCGAUAGAGAAGCAUCUUGUUCUUGUUCGAGUAGGAUGUUUUUGAGAUGUUGGAUUCACUGUUGGACUGACUCUAACCUCUCCCCCGAUCCGGAAACCGAUGUCGUCGACGAAGAAGCUCUGCUGGAACUGUUAUGAUUGGAAGGAGUUACAGACGAUAUUUGGAUUGUAAAGCCUUCUGAUUGGAUCUUCCUGUAGAGUAACGUUUCUCCCACCCUUCUCUGUCUCCCCUUCUUCUUUGGCUUUCUCUCUCUGUAUCUGUCUCUCGCACUCUCUCUCUCUCUACCGCCUCCUUACUCCUCUUCCCUCUCUUUCUCUCUCCCCCUCUACGUCUGUUUCUCCCUCUGCAUCUCUCUCUCCCCCUCUGCGUCUGUUUUUCUCUCUCUCUCUCGCCUUUUAUCCUCAUUCUAACUAUCUUGCGCACAGACGAGAGCAUCGCAGUGGUGUGUCUAGGGGCAUUGCAGUACUAUUCGGGCCAACUUUUCGAUGUGGAGAGGAUCACGCGAGUGGCGCACGAAAAUGGGGUAAUCGCCUUGUUCGAUCUAGCGCAUGCAGUCGUUAUGGUGGACGGUCGUAAAACAGUCUUAGAUUUAAUGAUCUCGAAAUAUGUGGAGCUACUGGUUCUUGUAGAGCAGGUAAAAUUACUGGUAGAGCUUGAGCUACAUCGAUUGCUACGGUCAGUCAGUCAGUCAGUCAGUGGACAAUAAGUCUCGUACUGUAAGGUGAAAGACUAGUGGCGGAGUUCAGUAAGGUGUAGCAAUAGUUGAUAUGGAAAUCUAACGGGUUUCUCCUGGAGAGUGUCCACAACUACUACUACUUGACUCUCUAACGUCCGCAACGUGCCGCUCAAACUGCACGAUUGGAACGUCGACGCAGCAUGCUUCUGCACUUACAAUUAUGGUCUGGAAAAAUGCUCGAGACAAAGAUCUGGAGACAAGGAUGCUCCCUUUGAAUUUUCUUCCUCUUAAACCUUAUCUUUUACUCCUUUCAAUAUUUCUCCUCUGUAAUCAAUCUGACCCCCUUCGAAUCUUCUUUAAAUAAAUCGAGUUAAUCCCAAUAUUCGGCUUCAAUCUUCAUCUCCCUCUUCUUGUCGGAAAGAACAUAUUAUACGGCAAUAGGAGUUUCAUUUUCAAUUUUCUUCUCUAAUUCACAUACCUGAACAGUGGACCUGGUUCAAUAGGCGGCUUCUUCGUCCAUGAAAGGCAUUUUAAAGAGGGCUACGAUGAGAGUGGACCUGGUAAUAUCUGAGAUUUCAUCAAGAGGGUAUAGAUGACACUGGUCCUGGUAAUGUGGUUACAAUUGCUAGUACUAUGACACUUCUAGUACUACGAAAACAACCGGCUAGUUUUCCUUGUUCAACGUCAUCUCUUCAUCCACGUUAAACGACUAGUACGUAGCAGCACUGCUCUUCACGCACCCCCUCCAGGUGCUGUUCCUUCCCAGAAACGGCUCCUCGGUUGGUGGGCUCACGAUAAGAGUACCCGUUUCGAAAUGAAGCAUGAGCUAAAAGCCGCCACUGGCGCACAGGCAUUUUCACUGUCGAAUCCAGGAGUCUUGCUGUUAGGACUGCUUUUCCGUGGUGACUAACAUCAUGUUUAUCCGUGGUGACUAACAUCAUGUGGCUGACAACCACAACUAGUGCAACUUCUACAUAGUACUAAUGAGGAACACUCGUCUAAUUCAAAUGAUGUGCGCUAUUGCGAGUUUGCGCGUGUUUGACCGGACGUCUAUGCAACGCUUGAGGCUGCGAAGUGAGCGGCUGACCCUAUUUCUCUGGAGAAUCUUAGAAGGGGUACUGGAACAAGAGUUAAGGACUGCCAUGUCUGUCACGUGAACAUCGAUGUAGACAAACGGAAUACACGUGGUGCAGUUUAUUUUCUCCCCGACAAUUUAGAUGUGGAACGAGCCCCCGAGCUUGUUCUUGUAGUCCUCACCUGUACGGAUCAUGUUCGCUUUCUUCUAACAAGGUACCAAUCUUUUCCCUCUAUUCUUAGGUCUAUCCCCUAGUACAUGCAAUUCUUUUGUGUCUUGUUAGGUCUGCUCCACCAACACUCUCUUAGGGUCUACCUGAACCUGAUUAUUAUAUCAGAGUAGUUUAUAGCACGCAUGGUGCAUGGAGUAGCAUGGAGUGCAUGGAGCGCAGAGCUUUAAGGGGCGCAAGAAGCUCCCCCUUUGGCUCCAUGCUACUCCAUGUGAUCCAUGCACUCCAUGCGCCAUGCGUGCUAUAAACUACUCUGUUAGAAGAAAGCAAACAUGAUCCGUACGGAAUACACGUGGAUCAUAUUUGCUUUCUUCUAAGAAAAAGUUGAGUCAACAUGAAGAUCAUCGCUUGCUGAUGGAUUGAAAGAGCUUGCUUUUUGUCGUGAAAAAUAGUAGUAAAUAUGUAGAACUGGAGUUUUUGAAAUAGAUAAGAAAGCAACAACGAAGAUCCAUCUUCGUUUGCUUUCUUCUAAGAAAAAGUCAGAAAUUUGGAGCAUCCUCGAAGCUUUUUUCGAUCGUAACGCCUGCGGAACGAGGAAAGCGGGGUUCGAUGCUAACCAUCAAAUUCGCAGAUGGUGAUUUGUGCAGGUUAUGGUAAACCAAAAUAGAGAACAUUGAUACUCAUAUUAUGCUUCUCUCUAGAAAAAAUCGAUAUGCUUUUAGUUGUGUGAAAGGAGAGAACGAGAACAAGUACAUUUAAUAAAAGUAAGCCAUCUCUAAACCACAUGGUGCAUGCAGCGAUUGAGAAGAAAGGCGUUGUCAUAGACUACAGAAGUCCGGAUGCUUUGCGAAUAACACCUGUAGCCUUGUACAACACCUUUGGUGACUUGGCACGAUUUGCCGAAAUCUUCUCGGAGGAAUUAGCGGAGCUUGCUGCGCCAUAGAAAUGCUGCGGGAUAUAAUUUUCCAACUACAGAACAAAGCUUUUCCAACUACAGAAAGGAUAUAAUUUUCCAACGCUUUGAAAAAGUGCUGUGUAUUCGCGUGAAAUUAGUCAUGCAGGAGCACUUUAUGCUUACUCAGUUUUUGAGGCCGAUGAGUACUGCUAGUACUCGUUUUAUUUUUCCUGCUGAUUCUGCCAAGAGAAGUUUUGAUUUGAAGACAUAAUUGUUGAUGAAAGCAGCACUUGCUGAAGUACUGAGAUGGGGGCGUGGCCGAGGGGGAUCGAGUUAGGUCACUGAAAACAGGUGUGCAUUUCCAAUUUACUGUUUGCCAACAAUAUUUUUUUAAGAUGCUCGCUUAACUGACACAUAUGUUGCGAUGCAUGCUACACCCGGAACGACCACGUCGGAACACUGCAAAGCUUUGUGAAAUUUUCUGUUUAUACCAUCGCAUGUGUAUCAAAUAAGGUCGUUGGGACCAACGCGACUCAUGAUUGAGGGGAAUGCGC